AUGAUUAUUAAGGAUGAGAUUGUGGACUACUUGGAAGUAUGUGUGUCGCCAAAUGCCCUGUGGGAUGUGGUCCAGGAGUUUGACGAUGAUUCCUUCAAAGAGUUCAUUCAAUCCGAAGGUGAACCAUCAGCAGACACGUACCAUACAGCAGCAUAUUUUCUCAUACUUUUUCUCAUGCUAAGGAAGAUAGUUGGCUUUGCACCUGGUGACUCACACAUGCACCUCGUCAAAUACCUUCUGGAAGACCAGAAAUACAAUAUCUACAGGACCCCUAUUUUCCACUUUGCUUAUUACAUCAUCAAAGUACUCCAAUGGGGAUCGGUGGGAAGGUUUACAGCGCUACACUUGCAGCCGUUCAGCGAUUGGGCAUUGCCGGUUAUUGACGGCGUGCAGCCGGUGGUCUGGAGGCCCGGAGCUGUUGAACGACCAGAGUCUCAUUCUCAGGUUCAUCCAUCAGCCAGGAGGAUGUCGCGUAGUAAAGGAAGCAACAUUUUCAGCGGAUACCGGGCCCUGGCUCUUUACUGUAACCAGGUCCCGCACGUGGUCCGUUUCCACCAGCGACACCGAGAGUUUUAUCUCGUCACAGCCGUGGGGGCUGCUUUUCACACUUACAAUGUGAAAAAACUUGGAAUUGUUGCAGUUAGUAAUGCACUUCCUGAAGACAUCACUUGUCUGGCAGCAGACCGAAUGCUUGUGUUUGCAGCUCAUGGCAACUCCGUCAAAGCAUUUGCUAGAAACAAAGAGAUUGUGCACUCGUAUAAAGGACAUAAUUCAGAGGUCCACCUCCUGUUGCCAUUUGGUGAUCAUGUGAUUUCAGUGGAUCGUGAUAACAAGCUCAUAGUUUGGGAUGUGCAAUCAGAGGAGGAAUAUCUUCAAUUGAAUUUUGACAAAAUCACGUUUGCAAUUUCUGCCCUUUUGCAUCCAAGUACCUAUAUCAACAAAAUUCUACUUGGCAGCCAACAAGGGAGUCUUCAGCUAUGGAAUAUCAAGUCCAACAAACUUUUGUAUACGUUUCAAGGUUGGGGCUCAGGAGUAUCAGCGCUUCAACAGGCACCAGCUGUGGAUGUAGUUGCUGUCGGCCUCCUAUCUGGUCAGAUAAUUAUUCAUAAUUUGAAAUACGAUGAGAUGUUGAUGAAAUUCCAACAAGAUUGGGGACCAAUCACGGCAAUCUCAUUUCGUACAGAUGGUUAUCCAGUGAUGGCAGCUGGGAGCCCUGUUGGUCAUAUUGGACUAUGGGAUUUGGAAGAAAAGAAACUGAUUGCUCAAAUGAGGGAAACCCAUACAACAGCAGUUACAGGAGUAACAUUUGUUCAUGGAGAACCACUUCUCAUUACCACCGGUGAAGACAAUGCAAUUCGGGUCUGGAUUUUUGAUGCUCCAGAAGGUGGAGGUCGACUUUUACGUUGCCGUAUGGGUCACAGUGCCCCUCCGACUAAAUUAAAAUAUCAUGGAUCUGAUGGACAAAAUAUUCUUAGCUCUGGGCGUGAUGGAACUUUGCAGUCAUUUUCCACUAUUCAUGAACGUUUUAAUAAGAGUUUAGGACAUGGUUCAAUUAAUAAAAAGAAGUCCAAAAAGAAAGGUUUGAGAUAUGACACCAGGAAGCUACCACCUAUUACUACAUUUGCUUCAGAAACAGCACGUCAGAGUUAUUGGGAUGGAAUUGUUGCCUGCCAUCAAGGGUAUCUAAUCAGCACAACGUGGAAUUACCAGAAAACCUCUAUGGGAGCACAUAAAUUCGACCCUAGACCAUUUCUUAACGAUUGUACGCUGGAUGUAUAUUCCAUGGCUGUGGAUAUUACAUCUUGUGGAAAUUUUGCUGUUGUUGGCCUUUCUUCAGGCCAUGUGGAUGUAUAUAACUUGCAAUCAGGCAUCCACAGAGGACAGUAUGGUAAAGAAAAGGCUCAUGAAGGCCAGAUCCGAGGGGUUGCUGUUGAUGGACUGAAUCAGCUCACAAUUACUGCUGGUGGGGAUAAAAUGAUCAAAUUUUGGAAGUUUAAAUCAAAGGAAUUGAUUUACACAACAACACUAGAUGCAUCGCCAACUAGCAUUUUGCUACAUAGAAACAGUGGCAUGUUGGCUGUUGCUAUGGAUGAUUUCAGGAUAGUGGUUCUUGAUAGUGAAACAAGGAAGUUUGUGAGAAGAUUCACUGGACAUCAGAAUCAAAUAAAUGAUAUGACUUUUAAUCCAGAUGGUCGUUGGUUAAUUUCUGCAUCGAUGGACUGCACCAUUAGGACCUGGGAUCUCCCAUCAGGAUGCCUAAUAGACUGCUUCUUGGUUGAUUCAGCAGCGGUCAGUAUUACCAUGUCCCCCACUGGAGACUUCCUGGCUUCUGCUCAUGUGGAUGAUUUGGGAAUUUACCUCUGGUCCAACAAGACGCUGUAUAAUGUUAUUUCCCUUCGACCACUGCCUGCCGAUUACCAACCUUCUUUUGUAAUGCUUCCUGGAGUAUGCCAACAACAAGAAUUGGAGGCUUCAGACAUUGAAGAGGAAGUAGAAGACCAGAUGAUAGAAUAUGAUUCAGCUGAACAGCUCGGAGAGCAGUUGGUUACACUCUCAUUGCUUCCAGAAUCACGCUGGAAAAAUCUCCUCAACCUCGACAUUAUCAAGAAAAGAAAUCGACCUAAAGAACCACCUAAAGUGCCCAAAUCCGUUCCCUUCUUUAUUCCAACUAUUCCUGGCCUUGUCACUCAUUUUGCUGCUGAACAACAACAAACCACUGAGGAUCAGUCCAAAGUGGUAAAUCUGGGCGUGUUGACUCAAAAGACAGAAUUGUAUUUGCAGCUGGAAAGUGCUCUAAACACCAACAGUUAUGACCAUGCAGUUAAACUUAUGAAAGAAAUGGGACCAUCAAAUAUUGACAUUGAGCUGAGGGGCUUGGCCCCAGAUGGAGGCGGUUCUUUGGAGGUUAUGCUGAGCUUUCUGCAAAUGAUUGGCAACAUGCUUCAUAGCAAGCGUGAUUUUGAAUUGGCUCAGGCCUACCUGGCAUUGUACUUGAAGAGUUACAAAUUAGUGACAGUUUUAGGUGCAAAACACGUGGAGAACCGUUUCCAGUUCCAAAGUUACCGCUGUGAGUAUCUAUAUUGGGCCAUAAACAGCAGUGUCUACAAGAAUAUUGAUAUUGAUUCUGUCAUCUGA